CAUCCACCCGGGCAGCCGGGGCAAUGCCCCGGGGAACGGCCUCCAUUCCUAUUUUGUGGCCCCUAUUUAUAAUUUUCACAAUUUUUAAUUUUUAUAUACCCAGCAAUACCUACUGAAUUGUGAGAAUUUGUGACAACUAUGUAUACUGUGUAAGAUAAAAUUAAUUUUAAAAAUGUUUGUUCUAUUACACUAUUACAGUAAUUAUCAAAAUAUUGAUGACUGAAAAUUAUUAUAGUCCGGCAUUGAUUUAUUAUUAUCGUUUGUUGGAAUUUUAACGGGAAUCCCGCUAUUUACGUCACCACGACGGACUAUCUAGCGAUUUGUUUGUUUUGACUGUGACACGCCAGUACGCCACGCGCUGAUAAUCCUAUAUAACUAUAUAAGAACUAUUCAUACGACAUACCGUGUAUAAAUACUAUAAAUGAAUAAUAUGACGACUGCAAGUGUGGCUAGCAUUGUAGGAACACUCGGAAUAGUAUUAAACAAAAUCAUCGCGUUCUUUCUUUGGCAUUUGCGUACAGCGAGCAUUGCGAGGUGCGACUGUGCGAUUACCUAUAUAACUUAUUAGUUAUUAGUUAUUUACUUAGUGACUAGUUUGACUUCUGUUCUUCACUAUUAUUGUAUGUUGUACACUUGUACAUUAAUAAUAAUAAUAAUGGAAUCUUCUCAACAACCGUUGAAAAAAAUUAGAUUGUCCGGUGGAGCAAGAAAAAUGUUGAAACAGAAAGAAAAAUCUAUUAAAGGGAAUAGAAGUAUUUUGUCAUUUAUUCAAUCUCCAGUUUCUGAAACUGUUAUUUCAAACUCGAAUUCUGUAGAAUUCGAAGAUAGUUCUUACCAACUUGAGUCAACGUCAAUCCAAGGAUUAGAUUUUUCAACUGAAUAUCCUACUGACCGUGGACAUUUUGAAGAUAUUAUAAGCAGUGAUAUGAAAUACAGUAUAAUGAGUUAUGGUCCAUGCAGACCUAUUAUUAACUUUCCUUACUCACCAGAUGGUAGUGGAGUUUUAAGAAAAUUUUCAGCCAGUUAUUACAAUAUGACAACAAAAUCAGGUUUACAAAUUCCUCGAUUAUGGCUUUGUUAUUCUAUUUUAUUAAACCGUGUGUAUUGUGAGACGUGUUGGUUGUUUGCAAACAGAAACCAAAAAGGAUUCAAAAACAAUUGGAUUGUAGGGAUAAAUGACUGGCAUCACAUGAAUGACAAAAUUAAUGAUCAUGAAAAAUCCCAAACACAUAUUUAUGCCAGUAGUGUUCGACUUCAUUGGUCAGAGAAUAAAACUAUAAAUAGACAUACGGAAGAACAAAUUUCCUAAGAAGCAGAUUUUUGGAAAAAUGUACUAACCCGAAUAAUCAAAAUAAUUUUGUACUUGACUGAAGGUAAUACAGCACUCAGGGGAAACGAAGGUAGUGGAAAAAAUAAAUCCAAUAGUGAAGGUAAUUUUAUAAGAACUGUCAAACUGAUGUCUGAAUUUGAUCCAAUUUUAUAUGAAUUGUUAAAUAAUAAGAGUCUAAAAACAAAAUAUUUAAGUUGGAAAAUU